UUUGAUACAGCCGCCGAUCAUUUACCGCCACCAUGUCCAAAACGACCAAGUACCUCUUCGUCUCCCUCCCCACCUCCAUCAACCCCUCUAACCACCGCGACGAUGCCCUCGACGCCAUCACGGCCACCGUAUCGCCGGAGAACGGCACCGUUGCCCCGUUCCCCAUUCCCGAAUUUAAAAUCGGGUCGCUAGACGCCCUCGUGCAGCAGGCCGAUGAGCUGGCGAAGCUAGAGGCGGCCUGUCAGGGUGUCGUAACCAAGGUUGGCGAUGCGUUGAGGAAUGUCUUGGAUGGAGAUGAGGGACAGAUUGAGAAGAUGAAGACCGUUAAUGACAAGCCGGUUGAUCAGUACCUGCGGACAUUCUCGUGGAAUAAAGUCAAGUAUCGCGCCGACAAGCCUCUUGCGGAGUUGAUGGAUCUUCUUCAGAAGGAAGCCGCCAGUAUCGACAAUGACAUCCGUUCGAAGUACUCCCAGUACAACCAAGUCAAGAACACAUUGGUGACACUUCAACGAAAGCAAACAGGCAACCUUUCCACAAAGUCCCUCGCAUCAAUCGUUGACCCCCGCACCAUCGUUCAAGAUUCCGAGUACAUCGAAACCCACCUAGUUGCUGUACCCUCGCAGCAGGUGAAGGACUUCCUCAAGACUUACGAAACAGUAGCGCCGAUGGUGGUUCCGCGAUCCGCGAGCCUCGUAGCCUCGGACGACGAAUUCUCGCUGUACGCCGUCACCACGUUCAAGAAGCACAGCGUCGAGUUUGUGCACAAGUGUCGAGAACAACGAUGGAUUCCGCGAGACUUCAAGUACGUUGAAGGUGGAAAGGAAGAGGAACGCAAGCAGGUUGAGCGCAUUGGCGGCGAUGAGCGCAAGCUCUGGGGGGAGACUCUGCGUCUUGGGCGCACGGCCUGGAGUGAGGCCGUCAUGGUCUGGAUCCAUGUGCUGGUCCUGCGGGUGUUUGUCGAGACCGUGCUACGAUAUGGUCUUCCGCUUGACUUUGUCAGCACUGUCAUUCGGACACCGAACCCGAAACAGGCGGACAAGGCGAAGCGCAACCUUGACGACAAGUACUCGUAUCUGGCUGGAAAUGCCUUUGGACGGGACAAGAAGGGACGAGUCAAGCGAGACGACCCUGGCGAAAUGCACGAAGGCGGAGCAGAGUACUCUGCAUAUGUGUAUUAUGAGCUUGAGUUCAACUGAUGUAUUUGCUUUAUUUCCUUUUUAUGUCCAUUUGGCCACCCCGGUUGGUACUGUUGAUUUCAAAUUUUGGUAGCGUACCCGUACAUAUAUAUCGUUUUGUUCGUGAAGCUGGCUAUGCAUGUUGUUUCUAGCAUAUGAAUCGAUGCAUUCCUGACCUUGCAUGCAUAUGCAUGUUUUUUUUAAGGAGAAGAAAAAAGGAAUAUGUACAGAUCUAAUUGGUAUAAAGCUCUAUCAACGGGGGGUGGGAAGCCCCGGUUUCUAAAUAGGCCAGAACUGGACAGACAAAGAUAUAACCGAACCAAAAAAAAAA